UGCUUUCAAUGAUGAGUCUACUUUUUAGACCAGACAUGGAUGCUGGUGAAGUAUUUGUAAACUUCAAUCAAAAUAUAACCUCCCUAGCUGUUGGCACGAAAUCUGGUUACAGUCUAUACAGUCUCGGUUCGGUAGAUAAUACUCUAGAUAAAAUUUACACUUGUCCCACAGAAGAAAUUUUUCUAAUUGAGCGUCUUUUCGAAAGUUCCCUUGUGGCUAUUGUUUCUCAAAGAGCUCCAAGAAAACUGAAGGUCUGCCAUUUUAAGAAACAAAGUGAGAUAUGCAAUUAUUCAUAUUCAAAUUCCAUAUUGGCUGUAAAACUUAAUCGUGCCCGUUUGAUUGUCUGUCUCGAAGAAAGUCUCUAUAUACACAAUAUACAAGAUAUGAAAGUCGUACACACUAUACGCGAUACACCAUGUAAUUCAACAGGUCUUUGUGCUUUAAGUUCAUCAUCGGAUCACUGUUAUCUUGCCUAUCCGGGCAGUGUAACAUCGGGCGAAGUGCAAAUUUUCGAUGCAAUUAAUUUGCAUGCGAAAACAAUGAUACCAGCUCAUGAUAGUCCAUUGGCGGCAUUGGCAUUCAGUCCUUCAGGAACCGAAAUUGCAACAGCAAGUGAACGUGGUACGGUGAUUAGAGUGUUUUCAUCAUUAGACGGAACAAAGCUAUUUGAAUUGAGACGAGGACUUAAACGUUGUGUUUCGAUUGCUUCAUUGUCGUUUAGUACAUGUGCUGAAUAUUUAGUUUCUAGUUCAAAUACUGAAACAAUACACAUAUUUCGUUUGGAUCGUAGUUCAGCAGAUAGUAAUGAUACGAAACAAACAUCCGAUGAUUGGAUGGGUUACUCGUUUUUUAGAUUUCUCAGCAAGACUGUUUCCAACUAUUUGCCAACUCAAGUUACGGAUGUCUUUAGUCAAGGUCGUGCAUUUGCUUCUGUAACAUUACCCGAAGCGGGUAUUAGGCGUAUGUGUGCCAUAGCAAAAAUUCAAAAGCAAUUGAGGCUUUUGAUUGCUUCCCAGGAUGGUUAUUUGUAUGUAUAUUCCAUUCCUUCAGUCGAGGGUGCUGAAUGCCAGCUAAUAAAAAAACACGAUCUUAGGCUUGAUGAUUGCUAUGCUAUUGACGUUCGUGUUUCACCAUCUAUAGGUGUUUCAGCAGCGACAACAACAGCGGGCGCAACUGCAGCUAAUGCUUCCCCAAGUUCGUCAGCUGGUGCAUCUUCCAACAAAGAAGAAGCUGCUGGAAAGUCAUCACCUUCAUCAACAGCAAAAACCGAAGGUCCCUCUAGCAAUUCUUCAAAUUAAAU